AUGGACACGUGGCAUGGGCAAGUUUGUUGCAGGCAUGGGUAUUUGGAGGUGCGUCAGCCCACCCGACACUAUGCAGUCGGCAACCCACACAACCCCCCGAAAUCCAUCGCUAUCCUGGGCGGUGGCCUGACCGGGCUCUCUACGGCCUGGUACCUGACACGCUUCUUGCCCGAGGCUAAGAUUACCAUCUACGAGGCGCAAACGCGGGUGGGGGGCUGGAUCCAGACCGACAAGGUCGAGGUGAAGACCCCGGACGGCACAGUGGGCACCGUACAUUUCGAGCGCGCCGCUCGCAUGAUCACGCCGCAGACGGGGGUUUCGCGAGUGGCCAAGUGGGAUGAUUUAGUCUUUUUUGACUUGGUCACGGAGCUCGGCCUUACCAACCAGCUUAUGCACUUGAACAAGGCAGACGAGCCCCUCCCCGCCUACAUCUACUACCCGGAUCGUCUUGUCGCGCUUCCUAAGCCGCCCAAGAGCAUGCUACGUUACGUGUUUGGGAGCCUCAAUAGCUUCAUCAACGUCAUCAGGAUGCUGACUGAGCCCUUGUUCCGAGGACUAAUUCCCGGCAUGCUCAAUGUUAUCCGCACCAAACGCAACAACCCAUACGAGAAGGACCUGUUCGAAGGGCGCAGCGAUAUGUCGAUGAGUAUGAGCAGCGGCUUCCUAUCAGACUACCUCGUGCCGACUGAGGGACAGCCCAUCAGCCAUGCAGUGGUGCGGUCCGUUGACUGGGACAUGGUGCCUCAGUUACUCAAGAACAAGGCCGUCUUUGACCUAGCCUCCCGGCAUCUCGGCGCGGGCGCCCUCUGGUUCCGCGACGGCUUCACCACUCUCCCGGAGGCCCUUGCCGCCGCGCUAGGAAAGAACCCCAACGUUACGAUCAAGACGGGGACCCCCGUCCACCUCGUUGACUACAACAAAAGCAAGGACCAAGUUGCAAUCCACACUGAGAACACCACCUCGGAACCGGCUAUGUACGACAAGGUGGUCUCGACCAUCUUUGCCAAAACCCUUGCCGAAAUAACCCAAGACCAGCUUCCAUCCCUUUCCUACUCCACCGCCGUCAACAUCAUGGUGGUCAACAUCUGGUAUCCUGUCCCGCAAGCCAACUUCCCCCAUAAUGGCUUCGGUUACCUCGUCCCACAACUCCUCCCCUUUGAGCAAAACCCGGAGUGCAUCCUAGGCGCCAUCUUCGACUCGGACCGCGAGUCGCCCCUCCCCACCGCAUCCAACCCUGACCCCGCCUACCGUGGCGCCGACACUGUCCCGGGCACCAAGGUUACCGUUAUGAUGGGCGGGCAUUACUGGGACGGCUGGCCGUCCUCAGCCAUCCCGGACACGGAGCGCGCGAAGGAGAGCGCGCUCGCCGCAAUCGCGCGCCACCUCAAGCUGCCGGCAGAACUGAGCCAGCAGGCGCACGCGUCGGCCAAGUUCUGCCGCGAAUGCAUCCCGCAACACUUGGUCGGCCACGCCGCGCGCAUGCGUGGCGCCCACCUCGAGCUGGAGUGGGCCUUCAAGGGCCGCCUCGCCGUCGCCGGCCAGAGCUACCAGAACCCCGGCGCCAUGACCACCUUGCGCGCCGGCCGCGACGUCGCGCGCCAGAUUGCCGGCCGUGAGGAUGAGGAAGCCGGCGAAUGGGCCAUCGGCGACACGGGCCUGCGGCGCUUCGAGCUGUCCCACCGCCAGCUCCAAUACAUGUCCAUCCCGCGCCAGAUCCUGCCGCUGCGCUACGGGAGCGGCGCGUACGUGGACGAGGACGGCAAAGCGAGGACCAAGGACGGCCUGACGAUCCCCGACCUGAUCCAGCAGGCGAAGAGCAAGGGGAGCUGA